UGGCCGCCGCCAGGACGGAGCUGGGUGCCAGAAGCCGUAUACCGUUUUUCCAUAUAUUAUGUUAUGAGACAAUGGCUAAAAACACACGCUGGAUAUUUCUAUCUCUUCUUCUCAUAGCAAGUCCAUGCAGGAGCGACGAUGGGCACGAAAUGGAGGAGUUUCUGAAGAGGGAGCACUCGCUAACCAAACCAUACCAAGCUGUUGGCUCCUCCAGCUCCUCCCACUGGGAGCUGAUGGGCGACUCCAUGAUAACCACUGAGCAGGUGCGGCUGACGCCGGACAUGCAGAGCAAGCAGGGGGCGGUGUGGAACCGCAUCCCCUGUCACCUGAAGGACUGGGAGCUACAGGUGCACUUCAAGGUUCAUGGCCAAGGGAAGAAAAACUUGAAUGGCGAUGGACUGGCAGUGUGGUACACCAAGGAGCGCAUGCAGAAAGGCCCAGUAUUUGGAAAUAUGGACUUCUUCACUGGGCUCGGUGUGUUCGUGGACACCUACCCCAACGAGGAAAAGCACCUAGAGGCGCAGAAGAGGAGGUACACCCCUCGCACGCAGAGGAUCUUCCCUUACAUACUGGCGAUGGUGGGGAACGGCAGUCUGGGUUAUGACCAUGAGCGUGACGGGAGACCCACGGAGCUGGGCGGGUGUACCGCCAUGGUGCGCAACAUGAACCACGACACCUUCCUCUUCAUCAGAUACGUGCGCCGCAGACUGACGAUCAUGAUUGACAUCGAGGGGCAGCACGAGUGGAGGGACUGCCUGGACAUCCCGGGGGUGCACCUGCCACAGGGGUACUACUUUGGGGCCUCGGCCAUCACGGGGGACCUGUCAGAUAACCAUGACGUGAUCUCCCUGAAGCUGUACCAGCUCACGGUGCUACGCAGUAAGCAGGAGGAAGAGGAGGAGGAGGAAGUCCUCAUCCCCAGCGUGGACAACUUCGAGCUGCUCAAGAUGGACAGCGCUGAGCCCGGGAUGAGUGGAAUUGCCAUCUUCUUCACCGUCCUCUUCUCUCUCCUGGGCUGCUUCCUGCUGGUGGUCAUCGGGCUCGUACUCUACAGCCACUGGAACGAGAACAGCCGCAAGCGCUUCUACUGAGAGACAGAGAGAGAGAGAGCCGGAGGCCCCUGCUGCAGCCAGAGAGAGACUGUCAACCUGAUGCACAGAGAUACCGCAGUCAGAAUUACUGACCCAAACCUUCACUAUUGAGAGAGUGAGAGAGUGAGUGAGUAAAUGAGAGUGUGUGAGAGAGAGAGAGAGAGAAAGAGAGAGAGAGAGGCUGACAUCACUACUGCUGCCAGAGAGACUGCUAACCUGCUGCACCAAGAUACUGCAGUUAGCGUUACCGACCCAAACCCAGUCACUACUGAGAGAGUGAGAGAGAAUGUGUGAGUGAAUGGGAGAGAGUGUGAGAGAGAGACCAACACCACUACUGCAGCCAGAGAGAGACUGUUAAACGCUGCACUGAGAUACUACAGUCAGCGUUACCGACCCAAGACCAGUAACUACUGAGAAAGCGAGAGAGAGCGAGAGAGAGGAAGAGAGUCGUAUUCGACCAUUGCAACUGCACAGAAAGAAAAGCAAGUUGUGAGAUUGGUUGCCUUUUAGCUCGGCUCUGUGGAAAUCGGUGCAGGUCCCAGCAACUGAUUCUGAGACAGUGAAAGGGCAACACCAGUGCCCUUCUCCCCACACACACACACACACACACACACACACACACACACACACAC